AUGUCGGCCGCACAGCUUCUCAACCCCAAAGCCGAGUCGAGAAGGCGCGGUGAGGCAUUGGCUGUGAACAUCGCCGCCGGCGAGGGCCUGCAGGAUGUGCUCAAGCUCGUCGAUGGCUCCGGCCAGAUCAAGCUCACAAAGGACGGCAACGUUCUGCUCCGCGAGAUGCAAAUACAGAACCCCACGGCCGUCAUGAUUGCCCGCGCGGCCACCGCACAAGACGACAUUUGUGGCGACGGCACCACGUCCGUCGUGCUGCUGGUUGGCGAGCUGCUGAAGCAGGCCAACCGCUACAUCUCCGAGGGCCUGCACCCGCGCAUCAUCACCGACGGCUUUGAGAUUGGCAAGGCCGAGGCGCUCGCGUUUCUCGACAAGUUCAAGCUGCCCAAGGAGGUCGACCGCGAGCUGCUGCUGUCCGUCGCCCGGACAUCGCUGGCCACAAAGCUCAACGCCACCCUCGCCAACAAGCUGACGCCGGACAUUGUCGACGCCGUACUCGCCAUCUACCAGGCGCCGGCCAAGCCCGACCUGCACAUGGUGGAGAUUAUGAAGAUGCAGCACCGCACAGCGUCCGAGACGCAGCUGAUUCGCGGUCUGGCGCUCGACCACGGUGCGCGCCACCCGGAUAUGCCCAAGCGCGUCGAGAACGCCUCGAUCCUGACGCUCAACGUCAGCCUCGAGUACGAGAAGACGGAGAUCAACUCGAGCUUCUUCUACUCGAGCGCCGAGCAGCGCGACAAGCUGGUCGACAGCGAGCGCCGCUUUGUGGACGCCAAGCUCAAGAAGAUUGUGGAGCUCAAGAAGCAGGUGUGCGGCAACGACCCCAACAAGGGCUUUGUGCUCAUCAACCAAAAGGGCAUUGACCCGCUGUCGCUCGAUGUGCUGGCGAAGAACGGCAUCUUUGCGCUGCGCCGCGCCAAGCGCCGCAACAUGGAGCGCCUGCAGCUGGUGUGCGGCGGCGUCUCCCAGAACAGCGUGGACGACCUGACGCCUGACAUUCUGGGCUGGGCGGGCGUGGUCUACGAGCAGCAGCUUGGCGAGGAGAAGUACACGUUUGUCGAGGAGGUCAAGGACCCAAAGUCGGUCACGCUCAUGAUCAAGGGCCCCAAUCAGCACACCAUUACGCAGAUCACCGACGCCGUCCGCGACGGCCUGCGCAGUGUCUACAACAUGAUUGUCGACAAGAGUGUUGUUCCCGGUGCCGGUGCCUUCCAGGUGGCCUGUGCCGCCCACCUCAAGUCGGACGCCUUUGCCAAGACGGUCAAGGGCAAGGCCAAGUGGGGUGUUGAGGCCUUUGCUGAUGCCCUGCUCAUCAUUCCCAAGACGCUGGCUGCCAACGCUGGUCUCGAUAUCCAGGAUGCCUUGGCCGGUCUCCAAGACGAGCUCUCCGAGGGCAAUGUCGUCGGUAUCGACCUGACGACUGGUGAACCCAUGGACCCCGAGCUGGAGGGUGUCUACGAUUCGUUCCGUGUGCUGCGCAACUGCAUUGCUUCGAGUGCCGGCAUCGCAUCCAACCUGUUGCUCUGCGACGAGCUGCUCAAGGCUCGCCAGAUGGGCCGGCAAGGCGGUCCUGGACCCGGCAUGGAUGGUCCAAUGACGGGACAAGAGUAA